CUCGGCGUCUAUCAACGCAACUGGACUGCUUCUUCAUAUUCUUUGUUUCUCUGCAGCAAGUAACUCCACAUUGUUCUUGACCGCUCGUCUCAAGAGUCUUCAGAAUGGCAGCCAAUCACUUCUACGAUAUCCAAGAGGCAGCCGCUCUCAAGAUCAGCAAGAUUGCCGACAAGGGCGAUAACUACGCAUACGAAGACGUGGUCUGGCACGCCUGGGAAAAGAUUCCGCGCCCGUACUUCCCCGAACGUGGUGCCACGGCAACAGCUCCGCGCUACUCGAUCGAACGCGAGGCCUAUCGCGGCUCGGCGCGCGAUCCGCCCGAGCACAAGCCCGACGUUAUCGUUGUCAGAAUCCACAACGUCCAGCAAGCGGCGGGCCAGCGGCCGACUGCCAUCGAGCGGGAUAUUCUCUGGAUCGAGUGUAAGGCACCGACCCAUCUGAAACCGCACGGAUGGCACAACGUGCUUGGCGAGGCAGUAACGCGGUUGAAUGCGGCCCAUCCGGAUCGCGAGGUCUUCCUGAUCCUAGCCAUAGGCAUGAAAUGGAUGCCUUUCAUGUGGGAUCCGUUCAACCCUUUUCCUAGGGGACAGGGCCUGAAAAUGCUCAAGGAUAACGGCCAGCCCUGGGACGACGAGAUCGAUGGACGCAUUCGCCCGGUUAACAUGCCGAACCAACGGCACGUCAACGGAAGGAUCAUCGACACGACCCGGGCCUUCACCCUCAACUACUGGGAUGCGGACGCGAAUGGAAACAUAAUCCACCUUGCUGAGUUGCAACUGCUUGAGGCUCUCUUCAACAAUAUCCAGGGCAGGAUUUUCAACGGAGCCAACCCAGCCAACUUCUAAGCUUUGCCUGUCCUGCUGCACUUUGGCACGGCGAGGUGGAUGAGGAAAUACUGGGUAUUGAUUAUCUAGGUUCGAGACUGGAAGAUAAGGAUGCCGUAGACUUAGAUUUUGGCUUUAGCUCGAGCUCUGGUAGCUCGCACUAGAUUUAAAGACUCUAUCUCUCCCUGUUCUUUCUGAAUGUUGAUCGAC